AUGGAUGCCAAAGCGAUCGAGGCCAAGGCGAAAGCCUUGACCAAGGCUGCCACACAGAAUGAGCCCGCGUCCACAAUUCUGAGCAUGCUCAAGGAGAUCCAACAAGGUGUCAAGGCGACCGAGGACCUACUACGACAGACCCGUAUCGGUAUCAUUGUCAACAAAUUCAAGCAACACAAGUCCCCCGAGGUAGCCCGGCUAUCCAGCGAGAUUGUGUCAAAAUGGCGCGUGGAAGUCAGCAAGCAAAAGCAAGGCGGCGCAUCAGCAGCCAGCCGGGGCUCGAGUUCACCACGACCAGCACAGAAUGGGACCGGCGCAUCCACACCCGCGGCAGCGACCCCAUCCGAUAAGGCAUCCAAACUGUCCGUGCCGCCAGACAAGCGCACAUGGAAGGCCGAUGGAGUCGACGCGGCUGUGACUGGGAACCGAGUGCGCGACAGCUGCUUGGGACUGAUGUACGACGGGCUGUGCCUGGGUUCAACCGAGUCGCCCAAGACCGUUCUCGCCAAGGCCACCGCCGUUGAAAACGCCGCAUACAAGUACCUAGGUCCGGAGACUAAGGAGGAAUACCGGACCAAGAUGCGCAGUCUGUUCCAGAACUUGAAGAACAAGUCGAACCCGAACCUGCGCAUCCGCGUGCUCGCGGGUGAAAUCGCCCCGGAUGACUUUGUGCGGAUGAGCUCGGAUGAGUUGCGGUCUGCAGAGCAACGUGAAGCCGAUGCUAAGAUCAAGAAGUUGAAUAUGGACAAGGCUAUGGUGGGCCAGCCCGAACGCAGUAUCAGUACAAGUUUGCAGUGCGGCAAGUGUGGCCAGCGCAAGGUGACCUAUACCGAGGCGCAGACCCGGGCUGCUGAUGAGCCGAUGACUUUGUUUUGUACGUGCCUGAACUGCGGCAAGUCCUGGCGUCAGUGA